AAAGAUUUUAAAUAUUUUGAUAUUAACUACUUAGGUAAGAAUAAGAAAAUGAAUUAGAUAUAUUCUUUUUAGAGGCACAGCUCUUUAAAAAAUGUAUAGCACAGCAAAGACAAUAUAUAUGAGAUAAUGAAAAAGAAGAUUAAGGAUCUUAUAAAUCAGUUUAGAAAAAACCCAUACAAUUCAGGUUUAAGUAUUUAUAAUAUUAAUGAUUUAGAAGAAUACUCUAAAUAAUACUAAACGAAGCAAACAUUGGAUUCAAUAUAGAAAAUCAGCUUAGAAAAUAAGAUUUGGCUAGGCAUAAGAGGUGAUGGAAACUGCUUUUACAGAUCAAUUAUAAUCCUUUACUUGCUGGAGCUGUUUAAAUAAAAUGAUUUUACAGAAUGCGAUAAUUUUAUAAAAAGAGUUAAAAGCAUGAAGAAUAUUAGCAUUAACUCUAUUAGAGAGGAGCCAGAAACUCAGGCGCUUCAAUACAUCUUAAUUUGCUUUUUGUAUCAAAUAAAAAAUAUGAAAUAAUUAAAGAAUAUGGAUAUGGAAGAUAUUAUAGAGUAGUAUAAUUCUAGACCUGAAGUCGACUUAGCAGCUAUAGUCAUUUGUAGGAAUCUUAUCUUUAAGACAUUUUAAAUCUGUAAAAAUAAUCCUAGCUUUAGUUUAUUUAUAGAGGAUCAAAUGAAAAGCAAAAUUCCUGAAAUGCUGCUCAAAUAUGGUGAGUAUGCUGAAGACAUUAUUAUUCCCCUGGCUUCUCAAGCCUUCAGAUGUAAUUUGUUAGUUCAGAAUUUUUAUAGAUAGUCCCCAACUAGUAUCAAUACUGAAAAGCUAUUAUAUCAGCCAUUUAAUUAGACAAUUCCUAUUUUUACUACAUUGAGUGUUCUUUUCACAAAGGGUCAUUAUGAGUCUUUGAUUUCUACAACUUAAGCUAAUUCUUUUGAAUAAUUCUACAAGAUUAAAAAAUAAAAAUUAAGUUAUUAAUAAAGCCAUAAUUUUGAAUUUUACUCAGAAAUACUAGACUAAUUAAAUAUAGAUGAAUUUUAACUUCAAAUGUAAGUAGAAAUUAAAUCUUAAGAAUCGAUUCAAAAUAAUAGAAAUGACAAGAAUGAUAUAGACCCAUAGUAAAAAUAAAUUUAAAUAAACAAUUUUAUUCAAACAGAUGAAGAUUAAAACCUCAAUAAGAGCUCUAAAGAAGUGUCUUUAAAACAAAAAAAGAGCAACGAGCAAUUAAAAUAACAAGAAAACUCAAAUGAAAUAAUACAAAAAUAAUAGAGCUAGAGAGAGCUACAAAGUAAUUAGGAACAUUAGAAAAAAUUAUAUGAGUAGUAUUUAGCUUAAAAGAAAGGGUAAUUAGAAUAAAGCAUAAAAAUGAAAGAAAUAAAUGAAAAAUAGAAUUUAUUAAAUGAAUAAAAUAUUAAAGAAACUAAUAAUAUUUCGACUGAAGAAAGUAUUCAAGUUAAUAGGUAAACUUCUAAAACAUAUUUAUCAAACUAAGGAUAACCUAAAUAAAUGAAUUAAAAUUUGAUUGGAAGCAGGUCAUAAAAAAAUUUGGAACAAAAUAUUUAACUUACUUUUAAAUAAGAACAAUAAAACAAAACUAAAGAAUCAAUAAAUGAUUAAUAAUAAUAAAUUAUACAUGAAGAAAGGUAAGAAUAAGAGAUGUAAAGCUUUAACUCAAAAAUAUAUACUUAAGAAUAAAUAAAAUAGCUUUAGAAUACCUUUAAUCUAAAUACUAAAAUUGAUGAGAAACACAGCUUUUCAAAAGAAUAAAUGAAUGAGCAAUAAAAAAACAUUAAGAAUGAAGAAAAUAUCAGAUAUUAAUUACAAAACUCAAAUUAUUUGACAAAAGAAUCUCUUAAAUAAAGCCAAGUAAAAAAUUAGAAUUUCGCUGAAAAAGAAUUUCAGAAAAAUUGUUAGCCAAAGAGUAAAAUAGAUGAGAAACUAAACCAUUCAAACGAAUAAAAAAAUGAUUAAUAAGAGAAAAUUAUAAUUGAAGAAAGUUAAGGAAUAUAAAUCCUAAACUAAAACAUUUUAAUAAAAGAGCCACUUAACUAAAAUCAAGCAUACAAUUAGAAUUUUUUUGAGAAAGAACAUUAGAAAAGCAUUAUGCCAAAUACUUAAAUUGAUGAGAAACAAAGCCUAAAAGAAUAAAGAAAUUCUUAAUAAAAUUAAAUUAUAAAUGAAGAAAAGAUAAGAGAGUAAACACAAAAUAUAAGCUCAAAAAUUUAAACUAUACAAGAAUUUAAAUAAGAUGAAAUAAGUAAUUAGAAUAUUGAAGAGAAACCCAUAUAAAAGAUAGACAAAAAUCAAAUAAUAUAAGAAAAAAAUAUAAAAAAUAAUUCUAAUGCCAUAACUUAACAAAAUAAGGAAAUAUAAUAAAAAGAUAAAAAUAUCUAACAUAAUAAAUAAACUCCAAAAACAAUAAAAUGUGCAAAUUUUCAACAAUGCAAAAAGAUGAUUCCUUUAAAUGAUCUGUAAAUUUCCAAAAAAGGACCAUAAUAAAAACCAGUAUUUUUAUGUAAAUAAUGUUAAACAGAUCUAAAAAAUGAUACUAUCCACAAAAAUAUCAAAAAUCAAAAAGAUGAAAAUCUUGAAAAUGAAUAUACUAAUAAGUUACUUAUUCAAUAAAAAGAUGAGUAAAAAAAAUAAGAAAUUCAAAAUAAAUAAGCAGAAAAUAAAAACAAUAAAAUAGAAUUAGAAACCAAAAAUAAAAAAUCAGAUCUUGCUAACUAAAACAAAUAAAAAUUAACUACAGUUUAGAAAAAUGGUACUAAAAUGGAAAAAAGUCAAUGUUUUUAAUGCUAAUUAAAUGUUGAAAAAUUAGGUAAAUUUAAAAAAUUUAUUUUGUGCUCUGAAAAAUAAAAUAAAUGGAUUUGUGUUAAUUGUGCAAAAAAAUUAAUUGAAUAAGGUAUAAUAACAUAAGAUUGCAUAAUUAUAGAGGGAAUAAAAUAUCAAAUUAGUAAUAGCUUUUAAAUUUAUAUAACUUAAAAUUAUACUUCACACCUCAAGGAUUAAGAAUAAAUAUUAAUAAAUAAAGAUAUUUUGAUCAACUAAAUACCACAAUAAAUAACAUAAUAAAAUAAAAUAAAUAAAAAUUAAAAUUGUGAAGAGUGUAAGCUUGAUGAUAAAACUUUUAUGCUCAAAUUUAAUAUAAAAUUUAUUUUACUUAAUGACUAAUGUUAAAAGCAAUAAGAUUGUAUUGUGUGCUAAAAUUGCUUAAUAUUAUUGAUGACUAAACUUAAAGAAGGAGAAUAUUGCAUAGAGAGCGAUAAUGAUAAAAACAAAUUAUAUUUUGUAAAUAAAUAAGUUAAAGAACAAAUAAAAUCAUUUUAACAGUAAUAUUUUAAUUUACUUUUUAAAGAGGAAAAAGUAAAAUAAAUUACCAAAAUAAGAGAGGAAACAUAUAAAAAUAGUGAAGAAGAAGAAAAAAUUAAUUUGUCUAAUUAAUGCCAAAAAUAGCAAAUAGAUUAAAUUGGUGAAUAAAGAGAAUAAAGAAAUUAUGCUUAAUAUCAAUAAAGAGAUAAGGAUAUAGCAAGCAUUUAAAGUAAUUAAAAUAAUGAAUUAAUUUCUAAUUAAAAAAUAAAUGAAUUUAGUAAACAUCUUCAGAAUAAUUAAAAAUAAAAUCUAAACCAUAUAAACAUUUCUUCUGAUGAAUUUGAUAUAAAUGAAAAAUUAGAAGAAAAAUAAAUUGAAGACCUAAGUAAAUGUGAAAGCUGCCAAAUUUAGUUAGAAAACGAUCCAUAUAAAUUUUAAACAAUUGUAAAAAAGGGUGGUAAAGAUGUGAGUGCUAUGCUUUGUUGUAGUUGCUUUUAAUAAAUAGUUAUAUAAUAUAAAACAUUACCUAAAAAUAGGAUUGUAAUUUUGAAUUAAAAAUAAUUUAUCAUAGAUAAUGAUUGCUACAAAUAAUAAUAAAUGCUUAUUUAAAUAUUUUUAGAAAACAAAGAAGAAGAAAAAAAUUAAGAAUUUGAGUAAUAAUAAAUUUAAUUAUAAUAAUAAAAACUACAAUAAAAACAAAAUGAAAUAGAAUCUAAAAAAUUAUCUUUAUCUGAUGAGCAAAAUUAAAAUGAAUAGACAAAGAAUAUUUAAAAUAAAUGUGAAAAUUGCCGACAUUCUGUAGAGUAAGACAUAUGUAAAUAUGAGCUUUAGGUAAUGAAUAAUAAAUAGAUAUUUAAUACAGCUCUAUGUCUCUUUUGCUUUUAUGAACUCUUUAAUGAAAAUGGAAUGAUUUUGAAUGAUACUUUUGUUACUUUUAAUUAAAAGUAAUAUUUUAUAGAAUCAAACAAUUAUAGAUCAAAAUAUAAAAAAUUUAACAGUUAUAUUAACGAAUUUUAUUAUGAGAAUGAUAAUAAAUCAGAAAUAUCAAAAAAACAUUAAAUUGAAUUAAAAUAAUUUUAAAAUAAGGAUAAACAACAAUUCUAUUUAAAAAAUCAACACACAUAAUAAUAAUAAUAAUAAUAACUACAAUAAAAAUAAACUGAAAUAUAAUAUAAAAAAUCAUCUUUAUCUGAUGAGCAAAAUUAAAAUGAAAAGACAAAGAGUAUUUAAAAGAAAUGUGAAAAUUGCCAUAAUCCUGUAGAGUAAGACAUAUAUAAAUAUUAAAUUUAGAUAAUAAAUAACAAAUAGACAUUUAAUACUGUUCUCUGCCUUUUUUGCUUCUAUGAAUUAUACAAUGAAAAUAGAACGCUGUACAAAGAUACAUUUGUUACUUUUAAUUAAAAAUAAUAUUUUAUUAAAUUUGAUAAUUAUAGUUAAUAUUGUGAAAUAGCCAAAAGUCACAUUUAUUAAUUAAGUUUUGAGGAUAAUAAUAAAGAAAUAACAAAAAUAAAUUAAAUGGAAUUUAAAUAGUUUUAAAUUAAGGAUAAGCAACCAUCUUAUUUAAAAAAUUAGAAAAAUUCUUAUUUGCCUAUUUCUUAUUUGAAUAUAAAAAGCUAAUAAAUUUAAGAUAAAUAAUCUCCAAAAAAUACUAAUGACUUAACUAGAUUCAGUAAUAGUAAAUAUCCUAAUUAAUAAAGAAUUAAUUCUCCAAAAUAACCUAUAAAAGCUUAUAACUAUCAAUUUGAAAUGUCAAAUAUUCCUAAUAAAAAUGAGGAAUUAGAGAGUAGAAAAAAUAAAAUGAUGAAAGAUUAUUCUCUAGAUUAAUAUACUGCUAAUUAAUAAAAAAUUUUACCAGCAUAACAAAGCUAUUAAAGAAAUUCAUCUUAUGAUUCCAGAUCUAGAGCCAAUCAAUAUUAUAGCUAGUAAUCAACCGAUUUGCUUUAUUAAGAUCAUUUUUAAAGUAGUAAUGAUAAAUAUUAUAGUUAAAAUACAAUUUUCUAAACAAGACCAUAAUCUUCGGAAAAGGUUUAUAAAAAUAAUUUGAUUGUAUCUCCCAGACAUUACUACACUUUGGAUAAAAAGAGUUUUAAUAAUUAUUAUCCCUAUAAAAAAUGA